AACCACUCUCUAAAUUCCCUCCUCCUCCUUUCUCUCUCUCUCUCUCUCUCUCUCUCUCGCUUUCGCUUUCUGUCGCUGCUCGAGCUCGCGUAGCGCAGGUGCUCCUGUUGCCUGCCUCCCUACCUCCCUACCUACUGUGCUAGGGUUUAACCAUCGCGGCCUCCUCCCAUGGCGUUCCAGGGGAAGAAGCUCAUCAACGAUCCCAACAACGUGGUGACCGAGUACAUCGAAGGACUCGUCGAAACUUAUCCUGGAUUGCAGUAUCUCGACGGGUUUCCCGAGGUGAAGGUUGUGCUGCGAGCUGAUGUGUCGAGCGAAACGCAUGAUAAAGUCGCUGUGAUCUCUGGAGGUGGAAGCGGGCAUGAACCUGCACAAGCUGGUUAUGUUGGGGAAGGGAUGCUUACAGCAGCCAUAUGCGGAGAUGUUUUUGCAUCUCCUCCUGCUGAUUCAAUUCUAGCUGGCAUCCGAGCCGUAACUGGUCCCAUGGGAUGCCUUCUUAUUGUCACGAAUUACACUGGUGAUCGUUUAAACUUCGGUUUGGCUGCUGAGCAAGCUAAAGCUGAAGGUUAUAAAGUGGAGACUGUGAUUGUUGGAGAUGAUUGUGCUUUACCUCCUCGGCGAGGCAUAAUAGGACGGAGAGGUUUGGUUGGGACGAUCCUUGUGAAUAAGGUUGCUGGAGCAGCCGCCGCCGCUGGUCUGUCUCUUGCUGAUGUUGCUGCAGAAGCUAAACGUGCAUCUGAAGUGAUUGGAACAAUGGGCGUUGCAUUAUCAGUUUGCACACUUCCAGGUUUGGUUACAUCAGAUCGUUUGGGCCCAGAAAAGAUCGAACUUGGUCUGGGGAUUCAUGGAGAACCGGGCGCUGCUGUGGCUGACCUUCAGCCAGUGGAUGUUAUAAUUUCUCAUGUCCUUCAGCAGAUAUUAUCUACGGAAACUGGCUAUGUUCCUAUCACACGAGGUAAUAGAGUGGUACUCAUGGUCAAUGGGUUAGGUGCUACCCCUGUGAUGGAGUUAAUGAUUGCUGCGGGAAAAGCAGUUCCUAAGCUGCAGCUGGAACAUGGAUUGGCUGUUGAUAGAGUUUAUACGGGAUCUUUUAUGACUUCUCUUGAUAUGGCAGGUUUCUCCAUCACAAUCAUGAAAUCUGAUGAAUCAAUUCUUCAACGUCUGGAUGCUGCUACUAAGGCUCCCUAUUGGCCUGUUGCUGUUGAUGGCAAUCGCCCUCCUGCAAAAAUUCCUAUCCCGAUGCCAUUGUCUCGUUCGGCAAAGAGUGAUGAGUCAUUGCGUCGGCCGCUAAAGUUAACUCAGCAAGGCUAUCUUCUUGAAAUGGCUGUGGAAUCAGCAUCAAAUGCAAUUAUUGGGUUGACCGACGAUUUGAAUGAUUGGGAUGCCAAAGUAGGCGAUGGUGACUGUGGAUCAACUAUGUAUAAAGGCGCAACAGCUAUCCUGGAUGAUAUGAAAAAGCAUUUUCCACUAAAUGAUGCUGCAGAAACUAUAGGCGAAAUCGGUUCAUCGAUCAGGAGAGUCAUGGGGGGUACCAGUGGGAUAAUAUAUGUCAUAAUGUGCAAGGCAGCAUCUGCACGCUUGAAAGCAUACAGCCUGGCAGAUAUUACAGCAAAACGAUGGGCCGAAGCACUUGAAGCUGCCAUCACUGCAGUCAGUAAAUACGGCGGUGCUAGUGCUGGUUAUCGCACGCUAUUAGAUGCCCUUAUCCCGGCAGCUGAAGUUCUCAAAGAGAGGUUAGAUGCUGGGGAUGACCCGGUCACAGCUUUUGUGCUCUCAUCAGAAGCAGCGGUGGCUGGAGCCGAGUCAACCAAGCACAUGCAGGCUCAGGCUGGUCGUUCAAGCUAUGUCUCCGAAGAUCUCCUUGCAUCUGCCCCAGACCCCGGAGCUAUGGCCGCAGCUUACUGGUAUAGAGCAGCGGCCUUAGCCGUGAAGGACAACUAUAAAGUCGUGUGAGGCCAUGUCGGACAAAGCCGCUAUACAUUCAUCCUUCCUUUUGCUGCAAGUUAGCCGAGUAAAACUUUUUGUCCCGUGACUUUUGACCAUUUUGCUUUCCGCUUAUGCAUUCCAUGCGUAAAGCCGAGAGAGUGAGUUUUUCCCCCAUUCUUCAAACUCUCCACCUGAUUGACUGUAAAGUUGAGAUGCGGAGAAGAGAUAAACAUACUUCACAAUCCGAGUCUAUUGCCAGAAGUUUCGCGGGGUUGAAUUUUUCCCCCCUUGUUUCUGUU